AUGAAGAGCGUAUCUUGCCCAGUUUCAUUCCGUGGCCUCGGCACCCGGGCGUGCUUCGCCCCAGGACGAGCAAGGUGCCUGAAGCCCUCCUCGCUCACCACGCGUGGAGCGGCAACGGAGAUCGCAACCUGCGACGGCUUCGCUGAUACUGUGGCGGCUCUUGAGAGCAUCGGGGUAGACUUCGGCGAGGAUGAUCCCGCAGAAGUGCUGGGCAAGGGAUACGGCUGGGGAGGGCAGGGGUAUUGGCGAGGCGCCGUCGUGAAUGCGGAGCCGUCCCCGGAGUUCGUCAGGGCGCGGACGGAUCGCCUGGUUGAACUGGGGCUGUCCACAGAGGAUGUGGCCGCCCUGGUCAAGAAGUUCCCGCAGGUCCUGGCUCUUGACAACGCCUCAUUUGAAGAAGCGAUCCAGAAGCUGCAGAAUGACUUCUUCCUUCGCACGACGCCUGCCCUCGUCGGGGUCCUGCGUCGUCGUCCGGACGUGCUGGGAAUGAACAUCGACUGCGAGGGCGACUGUGCCGGGGAAUGCAAUCGCUGUUGGGUGCGGUUCUAG